AUGGAUAAUUACGAUUUCUCCAAUUUGAUUUUCGACUUCGAUGAAGGAGGCAACAAUGGAUUAAUCGAGGAAGAGACUUCAUCUCCGACAAGCAUAGUUUCGUCGGAGACAUUUACCGGUGAAAGCGGCGGAUCCGGCAACGCAAUAACGACGUUGAGUAGAAAGGAAUCAACGGGAAGUAAAGGAGCGGAGACGAAGGAGAUGGGUCAUAGAGUUGCAUUUAGAACGAGAUCGAAGAUUGAUGUGAUGGAUGAUGGUUACAAGUGGAGGAAGUACGGAAAGAAAUCUGUCAAAAACAACACUAACAAGAGGAAUUACUACAAAUGCUCAAGUGAAGGUUGCAUGGUGAAGAAGAGAGUAGAGAGAGAUGGUGAAGAUGCAGCUUAUGUGAUUACAACAUAUGAAGGAGUCCAUAACCAUGAGAGUCCCUCACAUGUCUAUUUCAACGACAUGGUUCUGUCUUAUGAUCAUGGUAAUUGGAACCAACACUCUCUUCGUCAAUCUAUCCAAAUCUCUCCUCCUCCUUGA